CCUCUCAAUGAAAUAGUACAGAGGAGGGGAUUGUGGGAGAAAGGAGGAGGAAAGGGCGAUAAAACCAAGCAUUCCCACGACUUUCUUUUCUUUUCUUUGCUUUCUUUAAUUUGCACGUCGUGCUUUCUUGACCUUGUAAAGACCAAGAGAAAUCCAGUUUAAAAUGAAGUGUAUCAUUGGAAUCGGCGGUGUGACCAAUGGUGGGAAAACCACCCUGACCAAAAGGCUUGUGAAGAUCUUGCCAAACUGUUGUGUAAUACACCAAGAUGACUUUUUCAAGCCCCAAGAUCAAAUAGAGGUCGGGGAGGACGGCUUUAGACAGUGGGAUGUGAUCACAGCCCUGGACAUGGAGGCCAUGGUGAACACUGUAAAAGGCUGGAUGGAGAACCCAGUGAAGUUUGCUCGCUCUCAUGGCGUGACCCUGUCGCCCUUAACCGACGGGUCUGAUCCUGAGAGAGAGCUUCAUAUACUCAUUGUGGAGGGUUUUCUGCUCUAUAAUUACAAACCUCUGAUUGAGAUCUAUGACAAGUGCUACUACGUGACCAUUCCAUACGAGGAGUGCAAGAGGAGAAGAAGUACAAGAACCUACACAGUUCCUGACCCUCCCGGUCUGUUUGACGGUCACGUGUGGCCCAUGUACUUGAAGCACAGGAAAGAGAUGGAGAGCAACUGCAUAGCAAUUCAAUAUCUGGAUGGCACAAAAUCGAAGGAUGUGCUCUACAACCAGGUUUACGAGGACCUCCAGAACACCCUCCUGAAUAAGUUAUAGCACAGCCGAAACCACCUGGAGUUGCUCGUGUACAGAACUGUAAAUAGUAAAUUAAGGGAAAAUCAGUUCUACCGUGGAAUAUGAACUUGUGUAAAUAUUAUAAUGGACUUUUAUUUUAGAUGUGCCAGUUACUAUUUUGUAUUGCCCUCUUGUAUGUAGCUUUUCAUUUCUAUUAAAAAACCAUCUAUGGCUGCUGGAAUAUAGAUGAAUGGCUGUAUAGCAUGGGUGGAUGUUGAACUUUACAAUGAAUUGUGAGCAUUCACAAUGAAAAUCAAUGAAAUCA